GCGAGCGGGGGGAGCCGCCGCCAAUCGGGUACGCGGCGACCUGAUCCUUGUCCAACAUGGUCGCCGCUCACACCUCCCAUUCCUCAUCCUCCAGCGAGUGGAUCGCUUGCCUGGAUAAAAGACCUUUGGAACGUUCCAGUGAAGAUGUAGAUAUUAUAUUUACACGACUGAAAGAAGUGAAAGCUUUUGAGAAAUUUCAUCCAAACCUCCUCCAGCAGAUAUGUCUCUGUGGAUACUAUGAAAAUCUGGAAAAAGGAAUCACAUUAUUCCGUCAGGGUGACAUUGGGACGAACUGGUAUGCUGUUCUGACAGGAUCACUGGAUGUGAAGGUUUCUGAUACAAGCAACCACCAGGAUGCUGUGACAAUAUGCACUCUGGGAAUAGGAACUGCUUUUGGAGAGUCCAUUCUGGAUAACACUCCUCGCCAUGCAACUAUCGUCACCAGAGAAUAUAGUGAGCUCCUUCGAAUUGAGCAGAAGGACUUCAAAGCACUUUGGGAGAAGUAUCGACAGUAUAUGUCUGCACUACUCACUCCUCCUUAUGGUGUUAUGGAAACUGGCUCCAACAAUGACAGAAUGCCAGAUAAGGACAGUAUGUCAAGUAGUGCUCUUUGCCAGGUUUCUAAGAAUUGUAAUAAGACACCUCUUAUUGAACCUCACAUCCCACAUCGUCCUACUAAAAUCAUUUCACAGGUUCCUUCAGAAAAGAUCCUCAGAGCUGGAAAGAUUUUGAGGAAUACAAUUCUGUCCCGAGCCCCUCACAUGAUAAGAGAUCGUAAAUACCAUCUGAAGACUUACAGGCAAUGCUGUGUGGGGACAGAAUUAGUUGACUGGAUGAUCCAGCAAAGUCCUUGCGUCCAUUCACGAACUCAGGCUGUUGGCAUGUGGCAAGUAUUGCUGGAAGAAGGUGUUCUCAACCAUGUGGAUCAGGAACACCACUUUCAAGACAAAUACUUAUUUUAUCGAUUUUUGGAUGAUGAGCGUGAAGAUGCCCCUUUGCCAACCGAGGAGGAGAAAAAGGAGUGUGAUGAGGAGCUACAGGACACUAUGCUGCUUCUGUCUCAGAUUGGGCCAGAUGCUCACAUGAGGAUGAUUCUCAGAAAACCGCCCGGACAGAGAACUGUAGAUGACUUAGAAUUUAUAUAUGAAGAACUUCUUCACAUUAAGGCCUUAUCUCAUCUUUCUACCACAGUAAAGCGAGAAUUAGCAGGUGUCCUAAUUUUUGAGUCACAUCCCAAAGCUGGAACAGUCUUAUUUAAUCAAGGAGAAGAAGGUACUUCUUGGUACAUUAUUCUAAAAGGAUCAGUAAACGUAGUCAUUUAUGGCAAGGGUGUGGUAUGUACUCUACAUGAAGGAGAUGAUUUUGGCAAGUUAGCACUUGUGAAUGAUGCUCCCAGAGCAGCAUCCAUUGUUCUGCGUGAAGACAACUGUCACUUCUUGAGAGUAGACAAGGAGGACUUCAACAGAAUCCUAAGGGAUGUGGAAGCAAAUACAGUAAGACUCAAAGAACAUGACCAAGAUGUCUUGGUGUUGGAGAAGAUCCCAGCAGGAAACAGAGUUUCUAAUCAAGGAAAUUCACAACCUCAGCACAAGUAUAUUGUGAUGUCAGGAACCCCUGAGAAAAUUUUAGAGCACUUUCUAGAAACUAUGCGCCUUGAAGCAACUUUAAGUGAAGCAACAGAUUCUGUUUUAAAUGAUUUUAUUAUGAUGCACUGUGUUUUUAUGCCAAAUAGUCAGCUCUGCCCAGCCUUGAUGGCACACUACCAUGCCCAGCCUUCCCAGGGUACAGAGCAGGAGAAAAUGGAUUAUGCCCUCAACAAUAAAAGGCGUGUCAUUCGACUGGUUCUUCAGUGGGCUGCUUUGUAUGGAGAUUUACUUCAAGAAGAUGAAGCAGCAGUGGCCUUUUUGGAGGAAUUUUAUGUAUCUGUAUCAGAUGAUACUAGAAUGAUUGCAGCACUAAAGGAGCAACUUCCAGAGCUGGAGAAAAUUGUAAAGCAAGUUUCUGAAGAACCUAAAGCUCCACAAAAGAAGCACAAAGUUCUUCUGCAGCUGUUCAAUGCAAGUGAUGACAGAGCACAGAAACGCCAGCCUAUCAGGGGCAGCGAUGAAGUUCUGUUUAAGGUGUACUGCAUAGACCAAACCUAUACCACUAUCCGCGUGCCAGUGUCAUCCUCUGUGAAGGAAGUGAUCAGUGCAGUAGCAGAUAAGCUGGGCUCUGGAGAAGGCCUCAUCAUAGUAAAGAUGAGUUCAGGAGGAGAAAAGGUUUUGCUCAAACCCCAUGAUGUGUCAGUGUUUACAACCCUCAGUGUUAAUGGACGGCUGUUUGCUUGCCCACGUGAUCAGUUCGAUUCAUUGGCACCAUUACCAGAACAAGAAGGACCAUCUACUGGCACAGUGGGAACAUUCGAACUGAUGAGCUCCAAAGACUUAGCAUAUCAGAUGACAAUUUAUGACUGGGAGCUCUUCAGCUGUGUGCAUGAGUUGGAACUGAUCUAUCACACUUUCGGAAGGCACAAUUUUAAAAAGACCACAGCAAAUCUGGACUUGUUUUUAAGAAGAUUUAAUGAAAUUCAGUUCUGGGUAGUCACUGAGAUUUGUCUCUGCUCUCAACUCAGCAAGCGUGUUCAGUUGUUAAAGAAGUAUAUUAAGAUAGCAGCCCACUGUAAAGAAUACAAAAAUCUGAAUUCCUUCUUUGCUAUCAUUAUGGGACUGAGUAAUGUUGCCGUGAGCCGUCUCUUGUUAACAUGGGAGAAACUUCCAAGCAAGUUCAAGAAGAUCUAUGCGGAGUUUGAAAGCUUAAUGGAUCCAUCAAGAAACCAUAGGGCCUACAGACUAACUGUAGCUAAAUUGGACCCUCCACUAAUUCCCUUCAUGCCACUACUUAUAAAAGACAUGACGUUUACUCAUGAGGGAAACAAGACAUUCACUGACAAGCUAGUAAACUUCGAAAAAAUGCGCAUGAUUGCCAACACUGUUAGGACGGUGAAAUUCUGCCGAAGCCAACCUUUCAAUCCCGACGCAGCUCUAGCUAAUAAGAACCAUCAGGAUGUUCGGAGCUAUGUGCGGCAAUUAAAUGUGAUUGACAACCAGAGAACUUUAUCACAGAUGUCUCACCGACUAGAACCGCGUCGAGCAUAAACAUUUGAAGCAAUCAAUUAUGAGAAAUGAUCUUUUAUCCAGUCAAGGUCACUUGUUAAGAACUUCACUUUCUCUGCUACCGCACUGCCACUGCAAAAGCAAGCAAAAACAUAUUCUAAGGUUUUAGGCAACGCACAAUGUAUCAGCUUGUCAAAAAACUUUGGCUGAGGAAGAAUUUGUGCACUCUAGCUGUAUGGGUGGCCAUCUUGUGUACUGUUAAUUCAUCUUAAAGUGUAACAAAUGAUCUCACAUACAGAUUAAAAAAAGGCAAAAGAUAAAAUAGAACAGUUAGUGAAAAAUGCACAACAAGCUUCUAACACUUCUAAGGGAGAUAUCCUUUUUCUCCCUAAUUCAAAAUCUGUAUUUUGUGAUUUAUGCUCCAAGUCAGGACCAAAACUGAUCAUCAGUUUAGCUUUGCCAGCUACUGUUGAUCUCAGUAGAAGAUGCAUGUAAGCAUCUGAUGAAAGAAUGUAGAAGUAUAGUUCCAUUCAGAGAAGGCUUACAAAUAUCUCAAUUUGAAAUACAACAGAGACUAGGAAAAACUUACAAUCUUAAUCAUAUAACCUACUACUGCAAGGAGCAUGACCAUUUCAGAAAUCUUAACAGGACUGGAAAUAUUUUGGAUGAUGCAUAGACUAAUCUGUGAUUACAUAGUACUUCUUUUUGUAAACUACCAAUCAGGUUUUUACAAAAUUCCAUUACGACAGUAAGGGUGUCAAAAUCCACAGCAUAAAGGUAGCAAAGAACUGGUUCAAAAGAGCACAAUACACACAAAUGGAUUUCAAGAGAAUAACAUCCUGGACAUUAAAACUUUCAAACAUCAGCUAUAAUUAAUUGUGGCUGGUUAACACAUUUUCUGCUCUUAAGCAUUUACGAAUACCUUAAUUUUCAGCCAAUUGUUUUGCACUUUCAAUAGACUGUAAAUAAGUAAAUGUUAAUUCAUUGUGUUCUAGAAUAUUUAUUGUGCCAAAAUAAUUCAGGUUUAUUUAUUUUAUUUAGCAUGUCACAGAAGUGCAGCUUUUGUCUUUAUACUUUGUGUGCAUUUUACGUGUAGGAAUUGUGUGAUGUAUGUUUUUCUGUAAAUAACACACAGUACCUUAUUAAAUGUAAUUGCUGGAAAGGUUCAGUUGCUGGCCUUAUUUGCACUUUCAGCUUCAUUCCUACAUAAAUUCUGAUGCUAUUAAUAGGCUGAUACAGCAAACUUUGCUUGUUAUUUGCUGGGUCUCAAAACUGCAGUUAGCUGACAUCCACGUGGUAUGGAUGACCAAUGUAAAGCCAGUCUGAUCCAUCCCAGCCACAGAGGAUGACAGUCUCACAGUCAUAAAAUGCUAUGGUUUUAUUAGCUGUUUGUUUAGUUUCUAAGGAGGCUACCUACCCUCCCAUAUAAAGACAGAAAACAUUUAAAUUGGAAAGGUUUAAAUGAAGAAGGGAUGUAUUUUAGCUGGCUACCUUAUUUCUUGGUCACUAAUGUGAGCACUACAAGUUACCUAUCUUGGACAGGAUUUUUAUCUCAGGUUGGCUAACUCAAGUUGAGACUUUGGCUAAGAAGGCACUCAAGAAGCCUCUGGCUUCGGUCACCUCAGGGAGGUCUGUCAGAUCAUGCAGCCAUGAGGGAAGAGGUGAUCUGGCACGUACCAUUUCCCCUCCCAGAUCAUUUGUGCUAGCCAGAAUAUGCCAUGAGAUGGGUGUACUACUCUGGGGCAAGCACUGAUGGUGGCCAAGUGUGUGCCAAGGAAAUUAUGUUGACAUGCUAAAAGGUUUCCCUAUUGCAUUCAUACUGGCUCUGUUCUGCAAAGCUGGAUGUCAUAAAACUGAUUUAGCCUGAAAUUAGAAGUUGCAAGUAUUAUCUCAUAAUUAAGUUUCAGAGAUGAUACAGUCUACAUUUUGCCUCAGACACAGAAUGUGCCUUUUUUGGCAUGAAUCAGGACUGUGUGGAGUCAGUAUAGACAGAAACACUAUUAUUUUUUUUAAUUUAUACAAAUAAUUACAUCCUUUUAGUCAAAAUAUAAAUUCUGAAAAAGCUGAGAGUCACCAGGGAAAUGCUGACACAUAAAACCACCAUCUGCUCAGUACCUGCAUUCUGAAAGGAAGGAAUUACACAGUUAAGAAAUAUUCUGCAGCAUGAUGAAAUAAUUUAUUUUAACUUCACUGUCUAACUAGAAGUUCAAGAUGAUUCAGAGGAAAACCAGCUAAUAACACAGACACAAAUUCAUGUCUUACUAUUUCAAGUGAGAAAUAUUUCCAUUUGUACUGCUCUAUGAAUAUACUUCAUACAGCUUUUUCAGAUACAGAAUCUUCCCAGAAGUAAGGUAUGCAGUAAAAUAAACUACAGGGGCACAAUUAAUUCAAAAGAGUUUUUUCUCUUUAACAUCAGUUUGUAACAUUUGUGAGUUUGUGAUUUUAUUUGUUCCGUAUUUGUUCCUUGUGUGGACUUUCAUUUAUUUCUAUGUUAACUGGUUUAUAAAGCUGCCAAGUUUCAGCUUGGCUCUGCACACAGACCAAUUCUUCACCCAUUUAGUAUGUUUGUAUUCCCUUGGUUUAUUCUUUAUUCCUUAGAAUCUCUGUUUUACUUACUUGUUGCCAAACAAUCUCUGUGGUGUAGAUAUAUCCCAGUGACACAAAGAAAUGUUUUAUGGCACCUCCGUAUCAACAAAUGAAUGCAGUUUACCUUCCCAAGUGGUAUCUGGCAUUUUUUAAUUUUCCAAUAAAGGGUGCUGUAUAAAUCAGAAGUGUUGCUAUCUCUGUUUCUAACUCAUUCAAGUGGCUCACAUAGUUGCUAUGGUGCUGAUCACAGUCUACUUAUGUAGAAAUUAAAUUAAUAAAACUACCUUCUGGCUGUGGGAUCC